AAUUCUACAGAGUACUUGCUGGAGAGAUGGAAGGUUUGGGGGUGUUAAUUUGUCGAAACUGUAAGAUGGCAUUCUGUUCUACUGCACUCUUGGAUAAACACAAGGCCAAAUUCUGCAUUGGCACAGACCUAAAAGACCCACUCGCUCUGUGGAGACAAAGUGGAUUCAUGCAAACGGAGAAAGCAGCUGUGAAGAUGGUGCACCCUACACCUGAUUUAAUGAGUCUGAAGGAAAAGACAGAUCAUCAAAUGGAUGAGAAAGAGAGUGCACAGGACAAUGUGUCAGAGAAUACUGCUCUAAACAAACUCACUGAGGAGUUUCAAAAACUCAGGAUGUCGUUUGAACCAAACCUGCCCAGAAGACAGCAAGAGGUCGUGUUCUUCCAGCAGAGAGCUGAUGAGCAAAGGGCUCUUCAUGAGCAGAGACUGGCUGAGAUCAGAGCACACAACAACCAGCUGGAGAAGCAGAGAGAGGAAAUAGAAGAGCGGCUUGCCGAGCUGGCAGGAUGGGAGAGGACGGCUCAUCUUGAAGAAGUGCUGCAAGAACUGAGGUAUCAGGAACAGAGAAACGAGGAGGUUCUGCAUCAGCUCAGCUCUCACAUCAACUCAAUGAAAGGGCCCAGUUCAAAUGAAGUCCCCUCUAACCCACCAGAGAGAAAGAAGACACAACAUGUUGCUUUUGACUUGAUCGCUUCUGUGGAUGGACCUCUCUCUGCUCAGAUAAGAGCUUUGCGUCUGGCAUACAUGCAGUCUGGUGGUUCUGAUCCAGAGGUUCUGGCCAAUAUGCAUGACCUUCAAGCAGAGGCUCUUACACUGGAGCAGGCAAAACAUAUAGCUGAAGGCAAGACAAAAGGAAGACGGAUGAAGUCUCCUCACAGACUGCUGGACCCUGAUGUUCUUGCUGUGGAGCAGGAGAACCAAAGGCUUGAGGAGGAAAUCUUCAGAAUCCAGCAGGCCAGGGAGAAGAACAAAGGAGAGUCUGGAUCAGGGCUUAUUGAUAUCCAGAAAGACCACAUCCAUCAAAUGGCUAGCCUUCAAGCCGAGAUCGCCUUUUUAAGGAGAGAAAUAGAGAAGGGCAGAGAGAGAAGACCACACCAUCCUCAAGCUCCUCUGCCUGUUUUUCCUGGAUCUUCUAUGGCCAUAAUACACCCUGCUCUGCCACUGAGUACAGCCAUCUCCAGCUUCCCUUCCGCUCUCUCCCAGUUCAAGCAUCCUUAA